AUGUUUAAAUCGGAUAGAUAGAAGUACAAUAAGGAAAGAAUAUUUCCAAUAAAUGCAACUGGAAAGGUAGAAAGCGAAGUUUUCCCAACUAAUUUCAUUAAGACUUCAAAGUAUAAUAUAGUAACAUUCUUACCCCUAUCUCUGUUGGGUUAAUUUCGGAGAUAUGCGAAUAUCUAUUUUCUUUUUAUUGCCAUAAUCCAAAGUUUCCCUAUUAUAUCACCUUUAAAUCCGAUUUCAGCAAUAGCUCCACUCGUAUUUGUUUUAGGAUUAUCCAUGAUAAGAGAAGCUAUGGAGGAUAUAAGCAGACACAAAUCUGAUAAUGAGGUAAAUGCGAUGGAAUGCACCAAGAUUGUGAAUAAUAAGUAAGUAAAAACAACUUGGGCUGAUGUGAGAGUAGGGGAUUUGUUGUUUGUGUCUGAAAAUGAAAUGUUCCCUGCUGAUAUAAUAGUAUUGACCAGUUAUUUUGAGAGUGGGGUUUGUUACAUCGAAACUUCAUCAUUAGAUGGUGAGAAGAACCUGAAACCAAAGUCUGCAAUCAAAGAAACUCAAACCUUAUUUCAGUAUAAGGAGGUCGAUUCAAAAAUUUAGAUGAGUAUGACUGGUAAUCAGCAACUCAAAGCUCAGGGCAAUCCUCCGACGCCAGCCUUAGGUGAUUUUGAAGGUUCGAUUCAUUUCCAAAAUGGGUCUAAGAAAGUUUUGAAUGGCAAACAGCUACUAUUGAGAGGAGCAUUUCUAAGGAAUACAAAAUUCAUAGUAGGCGUGAUAGUCUAUACAGGAGAGGACACAAAAAUAAUGAGAAAUGCGGAACCGUCAAGGAUAAAACAGAGUACUAUAGAGGGAGUGAUGAACAAGUUGAUAUUGGGAAUAUUGGGUGUAUAAAUCAUAGCUUGUGCUUUGUCGGCUGUUUUGUCUUCCUGGUGGUUGUAUAAGUCCUUCAGUAAGCACAUCUACAUCAUCAUAUCAGAAUCAAACUACACUUUGUUAUCUGCUAUUGCCUUCUUUUCCUUCUUCCUACUUUACAACACUAUGAUACCCAUAUCUUUAGUGGUAUCAAUGGAGUUCGUGAAGGUUUUUCAAUGUUAUUUCAUUAACAAAGAUUGGGAUAUGUACUCUUCAAAAAGAGACAAGUUUGCUAAGGCUCAAACAUCAACCAUUAAUGAGGAACUGGGUUAAGUUGAAUAUGUCUUCUCUGACAAGACUGGAACAUUGACCUGCAAUCAAAUGGAAUUCAAAUAUUGUAUAAUUGGAGAUAUUUUGUAUGGAAAAAGUGAUAAAAGCAAAAAUAUGACAGAGUCUAUUUCAAAUAAAAAUAAUGCGUAACAAGAUCCUGCUCAAUUCAAACAUUCAGUAUUUAAUUUUCAAGAUCCAAUACUUACUGGAAUCAUUGAAAACAGUCAAGAUUGUUAAAGGUAUUCUGACUAGCAAAGGAAAUUAAUGAUCUAAUCAACUGAUAAGACUACUACACUGGAAAUCAAAACAUAAAAAUAACUGGUUCAUGAAUAUCUCAUGUUACUCUCUAGUGCUCAUGAGUGUAUAGCAUAGAAAGACAAGAAUUCUUAAAUUGUGUAUUAAGGACCUUCUCCAGAUGAAAUUACAUUGGUGGAUGCUGCCAUGAAUUUAGGGUAUAGGUUUGAAGGAUAAUCUGCAAAUGAAUAAGAAUUUACAAUCAAAGGUAAAUAAAAAAAAGUAGAACUGCUUUCUCAAUUUGAAUUCGAUUCCAAUAGAAAAAGAAUGAGUGUGAUCAUCAAGGAUAAUGGAGUUUACAAAUUGUACAUCAAAGGAGCAGACAGCAUCAUCAAAGCUAGACUAAGACCAGACUAACCCUUUUUAGGGUUUAUUUAAAAUAAGUUGUCAGAAUUUAGUACUAUUGGAUUAAGAACUUUAUUGAUGGCAAUGAAAAUACUAUCUGAAUAAGAGUACCUUGCCUUUGAGAGACAAAAGGAAGCUCUGGCAUCUUCUGAAAAUAGAGAAUAGGAAAGGGAAGAAUUAGCAAAUAACUUAGAAAAAGAUUUGUAUCUAUUGGGAGCAACUGCAGUUGAGGAUAAAUUGUAGGAUGAUGUCCCAGAAACCAUCGCAGAUUUAUUGAAGGCUAAUAUUAAGGUUUGGAUGCUUACCGGGGAUAAAUUAGAAACUGCUGAAAAUAUUGCCAAGAGUUGUCGAUUAAUUUAACAUGAUUUCAUGGUCAUGAAGUAUUCAGAAACUGAUCUUAAUAAAUUAAGAGUUUAAUUGUCUGAAAACAAAUUGACAUAUUAAGCUUGCAUUAGAGAGAGGAAGAAGAAGUCAGUCCUGGUAGAAGGAGAAGCUUUGGUCAUCUUGACAGCCAAUCAAUAAUUAAAGAGGGAAUUCACUAAAAUGGCUAUGGGUUGUGAUAGUGUUGUUUGUUGUAGAGUCACUCCAAAAUAAAAGGCAGAAGUUGUACAUUUAGUUAAAAAUCUAAACAAAAUAACACUAGCUAUUGGGGAUGGUGCCAAUGAUGUCAAUAUGAUACAAGAGGCACAUAUAGGAAUAGGUUUAUAUGGCAAUGAAGGAAUGAGAGCUGUCCAAAGUAGUGAUUAUGCUUUAGGAGAAUUUAGAUUCUUGUGGAAACUCUUGUUAAUACAUGGCAAUUGGUCAUACAUCAGAAUUUCAGAAAUGAUUCUCUACUUCUUCUACAAGAACAUGAUUUUCACUGUUCCUUAGUUUUUGUUCUCUUUUUAUAGUGCCUAUAGUGCCUAAACCUAUUUUGAUGACUGGUAUAUCACCUUCUAUAAUUUGUUCUUUACUUCCCUUCCUUUGAUUGCCAGAGCCACCUUGGAUAGGAAGUGUCUAUUACAAAAAUCAAUGUAAGAAAUCAAGACUACACUGACAUUUAUAAGAAAUCAACUCAAUAUCUUAAAGUAAACUAUAUUCACCCUAUCCAAUUUUAUAUUCUGGUGGGGCCAAGGAUUUAUCCAUGGAGUAUUUGUCUUCUUCAUUACAUAUGCCUGCUUUGAUACAGAAUUUGUUAAUAUCGAAGGAUAAAAUGCUGGUUUUGCUACCCUUUCGAUCACAGCAUAUACUGCAAUCAUUUUUAUUGUUGAUAUUAAAAUUGCACUUUACACUAAAUUCUGGACUUGCGUUAAUGUGAUCACACUUCUCUUAUUUUCUGUUGGAAUUUACAUCGCAUACUUUUUUGUCUCCAACUACUUUAGAGGAACCUACUCAGAGUUUACGCCUAUCUACCUAAUUCAAUCUCCCACCUUUUAUUUGAUUAUCGCACUACUUAACUGCAUUGUGUUUAUAUUUGAUUUGGUGAUCAAUGCAGUACUGCAUGAAUUUUAUUCAACUGAAACUGAUAAAAUCAUCAAAUGGAGGAGGGAGUUCAAGGAAAUAGCAAGAGAAGGCAAUGUCCUAUAGAAGAUUGAAAUGAUGCAAUAAGGGAAAAGAGAAAAUGGACAGAGAGAUUGGGGAGACACCUUCUAUGAGUAAAUCCUCGAUGAGAGAUUGAAAUCAGAGAGAGACCAAAAUAUUUUUGAUGAACAAUAAGCUAUUCUGGAUUCCAAAGCCUAGCAUUAUGCCACAUCUCCAGUAAAUCUUGAUAACAGCGACUAAAGCAAUAGACAAUUUCAUCAAAGAACAGAAUUACAACAAAUACCCCAUCCUCUUCAAAAUAACAAUGCCAAAAUUAUCAAUUAUUAAAUGACGAAACAACAAUAAUAAAAUUUUAACAAUGUAAAUGAAGAUAGCAAAAUAAAUCAUCCUCAGCAAUAAAAGAUGUAUGUUAGAUGA